GGAACCAAAUACCGAAAAAACAUGUAUGUUGUUAUAAGUAAGGAUGAGGAUGGGCUUUAAAUUGGUAAGAUUAUGAUGAUACUCACCUACAAAAAUUCAGCAGUCUACUUCAUCACUGAAAAGUGUAAGGCGUUGUGUAUGCAUGAUGUAGGUGUUCACUGUGUGACCCCAAUCAAGAACAGUUACUACUGCAUUAAUCAGGAGCACCUUCUUGAUUAUUACCCUCUACCGCAGUACUCAACUGGUGACAUGGAAGUAAUUGUUCUUCACCAUACUUUUCCUUCAUUGUAGAACUAUGAGUAUUCUGAAUGAUGACCUGAGGAGCAUCAUCCUCAGAGCCCUGCCAUCAAUUUCCAAAGAUACUCAAGAAGCAUUGACAGAUGUGCUAUUAAGAUCUGGACAGGAAUCUACAAAAGACUUAAAAUAUGUCACACAAGAAGAUAUUUCUGACCUUCUGCCACCCAUUCAGCAACAGAAGCUUCUGGAAGCCUUUAAAAAUGAGACAGGGGUGGUCACUUUGGACUUGCAAAUACACCCUCCCACUACUCCAGCAGUCAGCAGUGAUUCAGAACACCCUUGCUCCAGUCAGUCAAGUCUAGUCUCACUCUCAAAUCCUGAAUCAAGCAGCUCUGAAGACUGUGGCCCAUCCUCCAUUAUCAAAAAAACAUGGCCAGAGACUUUUGAGGUGCCAUGGACCCUCAUGCCUGCAGACAUUCGUUCAGCAGUUGCUGAUGGCAAGAGGCCUUCACCAGCAACACGCCGACAGAUGGUCAGAGUUUUAGCAGAUGAGGUUAGGAAGUAUGAGCUUAAUCCAACACGCUCACAAUGUGUCACUGUGUGUAGAAACAUCAUACGCCAGUAUCCUCAGAGUUUUGCUGAUCUACGUGACAAUGGUCAGCUACUAGGAAAUGGCUAUACCUCACUCUUGAUUCAAAUUAAGAACCGAAUUGAAAAUUUGAACCGCACCAGUAACUUUUGUCAGCACCAUUCAUCUGGUGAUGGAUUAAAAAGAGGUCCUACUGAUACCUAUGGCUGCACCAGAUUCCAGCCCAAUCUCCCACCAGAGGAGACAGAUGAAACAGUAGAGCAGAAACGUCAGCGGAUGGAGGAGAUAUACCGUCGAGAUGGUAUAAAUGGUGCAGAAAGAGCAGAAGUGAAUCAACUCUUGGAAACGACCUUCUGCCUGCAGCGGCAACAAAUUAAUAUGCUACCAGCACCAGCCAUUGCGGAUUUAAGAAAGCAAUGGCCAUACCUUUUUACUCAGAAAGGACUUUAUGGUCAUUUUGAGCUACUUGCUGAUAUCAAAGUUCUGCGUGUACUUGAGCUUGCCAUGGAGGAGUGUGGCAGAGCCAUCAUAGAGUUCUUCACCAACAAACCCACUAAUGCAGAUGUCCGGGCUGUCCUUUUACAGCGCCCAGACCUCGUGCCAUCUUUCUGCGUUAUUCAGCUUCUUAUGGCUCACUUCUCUGAGAGCCUGGAACAGUUAAUUCUUCUUGCAAACGCACCUGCCUCUGCUGCUGAUGUAGAAAGGACACUCACACUACCUGCAGCUCCUCGGCUUAUACUCCUUGGUACAGGUGAAACACCAGGAAGCAGUAUCCAGCAGUGGAUGAUCAGCCUUGAGGAGCACAUCAUUUGCGAGGGCAUCCAACCGUCUUUCCUGUCUGGGCUUGCAGCUCUUUUCUCUACUUACUACAAUCUCAAUCUUCAGUACCAAGCUGAAGCCGCAUGCACACUGGAAUUCAUCCAAAGGCGGUUCAUUGGGAUAAAUCCGGAAAAGGGCACCAAGGCCGGAGGAGUCAUUUCAAAACGGACGGGGAAGGUCACUCAGAAAAAGAAAACCGUGAACCCUCGUGUCUCCAGUCUGCUUAAAAAAUUGAUGGAUUUUGAGUGGGACUUUAUCUAAGUAUUACACACCACAGACCACACACACAUCUCACACAUGCAUCACACAUAUGCGCAUCUCACGCACACUCACAUCACACACAUCGGACACGCAUCACGCACGCAUACACACACACACACACAUUCAUUCAUUCACACACUCUGUUUUUUCAGGUAUUCAGUAAUUCUUAUUCACUUAUAAACAUUUACUCAGUUGUUCUUUAAUUUGUUCACUUAAUCUCUGUGUCCAGAGUUCAUUUUUUGGACAGCCUGUAUGACUUGGACAGCCAUCAGAAUAAUUUGUUAAAGACUUGUUAAAGCAGUUGAUUUAUCAUUUAUACCGCUGAAAUGUAAAUUUAUUGUAAUAAAUGUAAUAAUUUUUGAGCUUUGUUUUACCUUUUACUUUCAUUUUGUACAAAUGUCAGAAUUUGAUUUGGGGAAUAUUUUAAGUUUAUUUCUGUUAUGACCAAUUCUUCCCCAUAAAUAGCUGAAUUUUCAUUUAUUUUCUUUACUGUUAUCUAGGCUUUUUCUAAGAAAGUUAUUCAAAAGUUUAAUAAAACAAGACAUGUUUUGAAACAAUACU